AACAAAAAAUGGUAUAUUAUCUCUUACCCAACACUUGCCGCUGCUCCUCAUAUGUUUGUCAAUGCCUACAAGAACGUUCUUGCUUUUGCCGUUGCUACCGAAUAUUCUUUCCCUGAGGCAGACAAGGUUAAGGAGUACCUGAAGGACCCAAGUAAAUUUGCUGUAGCUGUUGCUGCCCCAGCUGCUGCUGCAUCUGGCGGUGCCCCUGCUGCCGCUGCCAAGGAGGAGGCUAAGAAGGAAGAGCCUGAAGAAGAGUCUGAUGAAGACAUUGGUUUCGGUCUAUUUGGUGAUGAUUAGAUUCUUUAGUUUUGCUAUUAGUGGAGUUAAAUUUUGCUUUAUUAGAUUUCAUGAGAUCAUACUUGGUUCAUUCUCAGAGUA